UUGUCAAAAUCACGUUUUACAUCAUAAAAUCGUAAGAUUUUACGAUUCUAUGUAUGCAUUUCGUGUAAAAUCGAUAUUAAAAUCGGAAUUUCAUAAAAUCGGAUAUAAAAUCGUAAAAUCGCGAUUUUUUUGUAAAAUCGUUUGAAAUCUCGAUUUUACAGGGGAGGGAGAGAUUUUGGACUGCUGCAGUGCCGCUGCUCACUGUUGCUGCUCAGUGCUACUGUUCACAGCUCAGGCAAAUAAUUCCUCCUUUCUCAGACUCCCCUUAUUUGGUGAUGAUCGGUUUUGGUGAUGGUGAUGAUCGGAGAUGAGGAACGGUUGUGGAAUCCGAAGAUGAAGAAAGAAGAAGGACGCACAGUCUAAGGGUGUGCACUGUGCGGCCAUUGGCUACCCAAAACUUUCAGAUCUGAGAUUGGUCUUUUUUUUUUUUUUUUUUUUUUUGGUUCUGUGGUGAUCGAUGAUGAUGAUAUCGGAGAAAGAUGGAGAAGCCAUAGAUGGAGGUGAUAGUAAGGUCUGUUAUGAGGUGGAGAAAGAUUUAUUGGAGAUGGAGAUCGAAGGAGGUCAUGGUUGAAAUUGGGAGUCCAGAAGGGAGAAGGAUCGGGACGAGAGGUGUUUUUUUUGUUUGUCGUCCCCCCUUUCGUUUGGUCUUCUUCUCCACCCAACAGCAGCCCACCCCAUCCCUACAACUUCUCUACCCAAUAGCCGGCCUCUCUCCACGCAAUUUCUUCUUGUUCUCCACCCAACAGUCGGCCUUUCUCCAUGCAAGAUCUGCUUCUUCUUCUUCACCGAGUAGCCGGCCUUUCUCUGUGCCUAACAGUUGGCCUCUCUCCAUGCAAGUUCUUCUUGUUCUUCGCCCAAUAGCCGACCUUUCUCCAUGCAAGAUCUGCUUCUUCUUCUUUGCCGAGCAGCUGGCCUGGCCUCUCUCUGUGCAAGACCUUCUUGUUCUCUGCUCAACGACAGGUCGUGCAAGAUCUUCUUCUUCUCCGCGCAACAGCAGCCCACCCAAUCCUUAGAACUUUCCCAAGCAAUCUCUAGUCCCAUUCCACAAAUUGGGGGCCGAAAUCCCUAGAAUUUUCACUGCCAAUAUCUUCCCUAUUACUUCGAUCUUGAUCUUCUUCUUCUCUUCUUUGGUGCUAUUGAAGAAAGGCCAUAACACUUC